UGCCAGUGACGCCACAGUUCGUGCAGCAUCUUUGUUUUUUUCGUUAUUAGGUUAACGUCUCGUUAAUUAAUAAAAUAAUGUUGGGAAAAAUAAAAACAAAACAGGAGAAAAGCGGUGAGAUUGUCGCAUACAGCGAGACGGCAGUUGCAAACAAUGCAGCAGUUGUAGAAUAUUGUAAAAUCUCAAUGGCAGCUUUAUCGGGUGGCACAGCAGGACUACUAGGAUUGACUGGGUUGUACGGAUUCGGGUUCUAUAUCUUUGCAGUUUUUGGGCUAUGGGCGAUGCUGUUGAUGAAGGCUGGUGGCCAAUGGAGGAAAUAUUUCAUUAGCAGGCGACAUCUCUUGACCAGUGGAUUUUUUGGAGGACUUUGCACAUACGUAUUAUUCUGGACAUUUUUAUAUGGGAUGGUUCAUGUCUAUUGAAAAGAGAGUGGAUGGCUCGCAAGAAUUGUGACACAUCACGUAAUUAUUUAAAUAAACGAAGUUGCAUAAUUAUUAUAAUAAACCAGUCAUUAUAUUUAUAUUAUUUAAGCCUUUCGGAUAUUGACCAAAAAGAUAAUGAAGCGUUAUUGUACACGUAUAUUGAUAUGUAUAUAGAAGACUUUUCAUUAAAACGAUCACUGGCAAUUAUUAUCCAAUAUUUAAAUGUAAAAGUAGGAAGACAAUAUAGGAGCUAAUGUAAUAGGGAUAUUACAUAGGAGCUAUAUUCUUUAUUAGAUAUAUAUAUAUAUAUUUGCAUAAUAAAUUAUUAAUUACUGAAUUACAAUUUUUUGAUGAAGAUUAACAUAAAUCAUAUACAAGUACCUAUACUUGCAACGACUGUGAACACAUUUACGUAAAUAAUUAGUCAUUUUAAU